UUUUUUUUUUUUACUUUUACUUUUAUUUCCAUUCAUUUUAAGGUUGGUAAAUUUUAUUUGGUUUGCUCAUUUGUUCUUUAUAUAGAUAAUUCAAAAAUUAUACCCAUUAUAAUGUGUUACGAAAUGUGUAGAUGUGUUCUAUGAAUUGCAUACCAACUUAGCAUCAAUUUACCUUAUCUAAGACCAUUACUAAAAUUGGUAGCCCCACUCCACAGACAAAAAAAAAUUAAUUGAUUGAAAAAAAAAAUCUGAUUUAACUAAACAACGAAAUCAAACUGUGUCCAAUCUAAACCUAUUCAUAUAACCAUCCUCCUAAUAUAACAAGAUGUCUGAUCCAAGGAAACAAUUUGAAGAACAAUCAUUGGCAUUUAAUACCCAACAACAAAACUUGAAUGAAUAUAUAUCUGUGAGAUCCAAACUUGAGACUCAAUUUCAAGAGAAUAAAAUAGUAUUAACUGAAUUUGAAAAUUUAAAUGAUGAAUCUAAAAUAUAUAAAUUAACAGGACCAAUUUUGAUUCCUCAAGAGUAUGGAGAAGCUAAGUUGAAUGUGACUAAGAGAAUUGAAUUCAUUCAAGAAGAAAUAAAAAGAAUAGAAACUAAAAUCAGUGAUGAAGAAAAAGCCAUGGAAGCUACUAGAGAUAAAUUAUUAGCUUUAAGAAGUAAUAUCGAACAAUAGGGUGUUAAUCAAGUUAAGUCAAGUCAUUAACAAAAACGUUAGAAUAUGUAUUAUAUGUUCAUAUACAAAACCAUAUCACA